ACAACAAAACACAAAGCUUCCUUUGGGUAGGUAGAAUUGUAUUUUACUUAUCCCACCUUCAAUACAUUUGUAUAUGUGUAUAUAAUGAUAAGUAAAUUCGGUCCAAAAAUGUCAGACAGUAACUGCCUAAGCAUUGCUCACAUUGCCAUACACAUAUUUAGUUAAAUUUUGGGCACGACACAUAGGAGAACACAUAAACAUAAAACACUAAAAUGAAAUUGCUUGGAUUGGGAAUGCAACUGUUGAAACGUGGUCAAUCUUCGUGCACGAGUGGAUGCCAAGAGUGUGAUGCAUUGCCUCCGUGUCCACCUAAACCUUUAUGGACGGGCGGGCGCGUGUUGCUUUUCUCAAUGCUAACUUUUGGGGCCGGAGUUUACACGGGUCUCUACGUGUCGCAGAACUAUGAAGUGCCUCGUGUGGAUGACCCCCCCAAACUGGUUGAAAAAAUGAAUAAAAAAAUCCGAGAGCUUAUUGACGGAAAAAAAACGCCCGUCGAACAAAUUGUGCAUGAUAUCAAAACGGAGGCGAAAAAAGUUUUGGACGACUGAAGAACGUAUUUACUUCCAGCUCGAGACGACGAAAUACAAUAUAUUUAGUUAUUCAGUGUUUAAACAAAUUUAUCUAUGAUCCAAUAAAGGAAAGUUCAAAGUUACAA